AUGGUUCUCCUUAACUUUUUGCAAAACCCCCGUUCCCGUCACCCCACUCACCUGUCGAAGGAAGAAGCAGCUUUUGGCUUCCGGGGGGCAAGCCUUCAGUGGAACCCUUCGUUUGUCCAACGGGAAGCAUCCGACGUCGCUGACGGAAUGGCACUGGUAGCAGGAGAUGGCAUUUACCGAGAAACUGACAAAGGCCACCAGGAGGCUGGCAACGAGGAAGAUGAUGGCACUGCUCUUGAGGGACAUUUUGUCGCUCCGCAGGCUGGCAGUCCGAAGAAGUUAAACCGGCAGUCUCGUAAGCUCUCAGACCAGUGCAGAGGCCUCGACGAGACUAUUAAGUUGCCUUCGAUUCGCUGGCUAUUGUCCAAUCGGACUGCGGCAAUGCAGCCACUCACCUGA